UUUAAGUAGCUUAAUAAUUUUUUCAUUUCACAUUCAUGUUAGGCAAGAGGGGGCUUCUACAACUUAAACUGAACUUUUCGCCAACCGGCUUAAAAAUGUGUUAAAUAACAACCUAAAGCCCAUUAACCCAGAUUCACGAUUCAUCAUUUUCGUUUAGAAGAUUUUGUGCAUUUAGGGUUUCAUUUUCAACCUCGCAGAAUCGCAAUCGCUGUCGCCGACUCGCCGCCCAUCGCUCGCUCGCUGCUUCACGAAUCACGCAGGGAGCUUUGUGAAAUCCCUCGCGGCCUCGCCCUACCUUCGCCAGUUUGCCCAUCGCUCGCUCGCUCGCCCUUAUAGUGUAGACUCUGUACACUCUACAGCCAUACAGCCUCAAUCAGCAUCGCCCUACCUUCGCCAGUUCUCCCCUACUGAUUUGUUUGCCAGAAAAUCCUCGGUUAGACCUCCUGCAAAGUAAGGCAGCAGCUACCUUCAUCCUUUCUUGAAUUUGAACUUUGAAGGAAGGAGAAGAGAAGAAGUUUGAAGGAGAAUCCUAAUAUGUCAGCACUCUUCAAUUUCCACUCAUUUUUAACAGUCGUGCUCUUAGGGAUUUGUACAUGCACUUAUUUGAAGAUGCAUUUUCCAGCAAUCCUUGAACAGAGAACUGGGUUCCGGGGUUUCUUUUGGAAAGCAGCUAGAAUAGGUGAGCGUUUGAGCCCUUGGGUGGCUGCUGGUUGCUUUACAAUGGGCGUAUCAAUCAUCUUUUUUUAAGGGAAAAGCAUGUCUCUGUACUCAUGGAUGGUGACACCGGCAUGAAUUGAAAUUUGAUGUUACUAAAUGGUGUAUGUGAUAUGGGAUUGCUAAACAAACUCUUUAGACAGCCAUUUUACAGACUCAUUCUGGAAGCAGUGCCAGCCAUUCUCCGAAAACUUGUUCCACCAUGCCCUCUUUUACACCAAUCCUAUCCAGUUUGUGAUUUUUUAUUUUUUAUUUUUUAUUUUUCCCAUUGUUGAUCAAUGGUUGGGGGACAGACUUGUAUGACAUGUAGUGCAAUUGGAUUUCAUAGUCUUUUCUUUUA